UGCUGGGGAAUGGGCGGAGAUUCCAGCUGGGAAACAAACCGGACUAACUGAAAAGGCAACACAGAAACCUGGAGCAGAAACCUACCGCUGGAGUUGUGUGCAUUAUUUAUCCUUUUUACGGCCUUUUUUGUUGCCUCUUCAUCUUUUUGGCGCAGAUUUUCCCCCGUGUGGUACCGAGGAGUGCCAUGAAAUCCAUGGAGAAGUUGUGGAGUUGCUGUCAGCUAUGGGUGAAGUAGUCAUUAGGACGUGGAAACCUGCGGUAGAGAAGUCCCAAAACAGAACCUCAGGAUCAACAGGACUGCGAGGAGCGCUCCCUUUCUGCACAAUCUCAAACACAAUGGAAGAGUCUCCGUGUCUUUACGCGGAUACAGCACUAUGAGCCCAGACAACGCGCGAGCUGAGAUGGUCUAAAUCACACUCUUCUGUGGAGGUUUGCACACAUAAAGAGGAGUUAAUCCAAUGAGAGAGCUGAUGGUAAAGUAAUUACCGGUGUCAGCUGCGAAUAGACACUCAAAUCUGGUAUUUCAACAACACGCCGCUGACACCAUGUGGAGCCCGGGGACGUGGUUGUGGAGAGCGGCUGUGUGCUGCAUGCUUCUGGAAACAUUUCUGCACACUGCCAGAGGUCUUAACAUGUGUAUGGGUGGCAGCGCUACUUCCUGUGAAGAAUGCCUCCUGAUCCACCGCAGUUGCGCCUGGUGCGCACAAGAGGAGUUUGGGAGGGGACGGACUCUGAACUCACGGUGCGAUUUCAGUCAGAACCUGCAGAAGAGGGGCUGCGAGGCUCGGUUCAUCGAGUAUCCCAGCAGCAGCAUCUCGGUGCUGCACAACAUGCCUCUGAGCUCUAAAGGAUCCGGGUGGACCCAGAACGACGUGGUCCAGAUUCAGCCUCAGAAGAUCUCCGUCAGCCUGCGGCCAGGAGACCAGACGUGGUUUGAGCUGCAGGUGCGGCAGGUGGAGGAUUACCCCGUGGAUCUCUACUACCUGAUGGACCUCUCUCUCUCCAUGAAGGAUGAUCUGGAGACCAUCCGUAACCUCGGCACCAAACUAGCCCAGGAGAUGGGCAAGCUCACCAGCAACUUCAGGCUGGGCUUCGGCUCCUUCGUGGACAAAAACAUGUCGCCCUUUUCCUACACCGCUACCAAGUACCAGGAGAAUCCGUGCAAUGGAUACAAACUGUUCCCCAACUGCGUCCCCACCUUCGGUUUCCGCCACAUCCUCUCGCUGACGGACAAAGUGGACCGCUUCAACCAGGAGGUGCAGAAGCAGAUGGUGUCUCGCAACCGGGACGCACCGGAGGGCGGGUUCGACGCCAUCCUGCAGGCGGCCGUUUGUAAGGAGGAGAUCGGGUGGAGGAAGGAGGCGUACCACCUGCUGGUGUUCGCCACAGAUGAUGUUCCUCACCUGGCUCUGGACGGCCGGCUCGGGGGCCUCGUGCAGCCCCACGACGGGGAGUGCCACCUCAACGACAAGAACGAGUACAGCGCCUCCACACAGAUGGACUAUCCCUCUCUGGCUCUGCUGGGGGAGAAACUGGCAGAAAAUAACAUCUUCCUCAUCUUCGCCGUGACGAAGCGCCUCUACGUUAUUUAUAAGAACUUCACUGCACUCAUACCUGGAACCACGGUAGAAAUCCUGGACACGGACUCUAAGAAUGUCAUUCAGCUGAUCAUCGCAGCGUACAACAAUAUCCGCUCUAAAGUGGAGCUGUCGGUGUGGGAUCACCCGGAGGACAUCAGCCUCUCCUUCACCGCCACCUGCCAGGAUGGGAAGCCGCUGCCGGGCCUGAGGAAGUGUGCUGACCUGAAGAUAGGAGACACAGUAUCGUUCAACGUGAGUGUGGAGGCGAGAAGCUGCCCCCCCCGUGGCACCGACCAGAGCUUCACCAUCAAGCCGGUGGGCUUCAAAGACCAUCUGCAGGUGUCUGUGGAUUACCAGUGUGACUGCGGCUGCAGCCGGACGGCCAAAACCAACAGCAGUAUCUGCAGCUCCAUAGGUACCUACAACUGCGGGACGUGUCACUGUGAGCCGGGGUACCUGGGCGCCCGCUGCGAGUGUCAGGAGGGCGAGUCCGGCAGCUCGUUCCUGAGCGCCUGCCGCGAAGCCGAGGGGAAGCAGGUGUGCAGCGGGCGGGGGGAGUGCAGCUGCAACCAGUGCCUCUGCUACGAGUCCGAGUUCGGAAAGAUCUACGGGAGCUACUGCGAGUGUGAUGACUUCUCCUGCGCCCGACACAAAGGCAUCCUCUGCUCAGGUCACGGAGAGUGUCACUGCGGGGAGUGUAAAUGCCACGCCGGCUUCAUCGGGGACAACUGUAACUGCUCCACAGAGACGUCCACCUGCAUCGCGGACGACGGGCAGAUGUGCAGCGGCAGAGGAAGCUGCGUGUGUGGCCACUGUCAGUGCACCGAGCCCGGGGCGUUCGGAGACACCUGCGAGAAGUGCCCCACCUGCCCCGACGCAUGUGGCACCAAAAGGGAGUGUAUCGAGUGCCGGCUCUUCAACUCUGGACGGCUUGCAGACAACCAGACCUGCCAGCGCCUCUGCAAGGAUGAAAUCAUCACCGUGGAGACACUCGACACAGACGACCCCGCCGCUGUGCUCUGUCUCUAUAAGACAGAAAACGACUGUGUCAUGAAGUUCACAUACUCUGAACACGCCAGCGGACUAUCCAUCCUCACCGCUCUGAAAGAACCAGAGUGUGGUGGUGGUCCGGACGCUCUGAUGGUGCUGCUGGCGGUGGUGGGCAGCAUCCUGCUGGUGGGGGUGGUGCUGCUCGCUGUGUGGAAGUUGGCGAUCACCGUUCACGACCGGAGGGAGUUUUCACGCUUCCAGAACGCACGCUCACGAGCCCGAUACGAGAUGGCCUGCAACCCUCUGUACAAGCAUCCUGUCACGACACAUUUUGUAGAAACAGAUUUUGACAUGUACGGGAAGUCCUACAACGGGGGGGUCCACUGAUCCCUCGGCACGGGGGCACGGCAGGACCGGUCCGACGACAACACAUCCCUGGAGGACAUCCCUCUGCACACUUCUCACCUGAUAACUGAAGUGACAUGAACUUCCUGUUUCCAAGAGGGGAAAUCUGUGGCCUUUUUUUAUCUUUAGGAGCCUCCCACAGAGACGUGAUCUUUAUUUUCUUCAUGACAGCACAACCGUCGGAGGAGCAGCAGCAAAAGCAAAACAUGAACUCCUUGGUCAGGUUUAGAGAGAAUAGAGUCAGCGGUGAGUUUGUCUGCAGCUACACAAAAUAAAAACUCCAACGUAAAACCACCAUUCAGUCUUUGCACAGAGCAGGCAGAACAUUGGCUUAUAUUGGUAUAUUUUUAUAAACACUAAAAAUGCCUUUUUUUUGUUGUUUUUGUUUAGUAUAAACUUUGCACCCAACAGGAGAUAUUCUCAAAUUCACAGGAUGAUUCAAAAGCACAUACGUCUGAAGUGGGCUAUGAUGACGUUGUGGUACUACUAACAUUCACUAAGCAAUAGACUUCUUACCCUCAUUUUGCACAGAGAAAAUUAAGAGUCAAGUCUCAUAAAGAUUUACAUUUUCUUUUAUGUAGUGUGUGUGCAUAUGUGUGUGUGUGUGUGUUGUGGUAAACUCCAGUUGCACUCCCUUCUCUUAAGCUGAAUCAUAAGGUACCAGCUCACCCGCCUUAAAGCGAGUGGUUUUUUUAAUGUCUUUCUGUUAACUAAUCCCAUGAAAAGACCAAAACUAAGAAUAUGGAAGUCUCUUAAUACUCUCAGAUUUCUGACAGACCCAAAUUCCUUUGUUCCUGAGACAGAAAUCUUUGAAAUACUUCAAAAAUGUUCAUUUUUUCUUGCAGUAAUUUGCUCAAAUAUAGUAGGAAACAGUGAGUAUGUUGGGGACUAUUUUCUGCAGAGGAUGAAUACACAUUUAUAUUUCUAGUUAAGUAUUUACAGUAAAGCUCAACCAGUUGUUAAUUGAUUGGUCAAUUAGGGAAUAGUUUAUCUGCAGCCAUUUUUAUGAUGGUUUAUAAUUUAAAUGUCUUUCUUUUAUUAUUAAAAACAUUCAAUAUUCUUUAGUCCCAGUUUUAUUAUUCAGAAAAUUAAAUUUGCUGCAUUUAGGCAUUAUGAGACAGUGACAGAUAUUAUGAAGAUUAACCCCUGACUUUAUUGAUAGACGGUCAGUAGUAGUUAAGGGGGCUUCAUGGCACAGAGGAGUGAGAUAUCCUCGUGUUAGUUGCUUCAGAUCAUUGUUGGUUUUGGUCUUUUGGUUGAAUAAAAAACUGAAAUAUGACCAGCCUCUAAACCCUUAGCCCCUAAAUUAAUAGAGUAUAUCCAUCACUGUGGUAAAAGCACAUUUAUAUGAUGAUAAAGUAGAUCCUUGGAGAUCCUUGGAACUUGGACACAUGCAGUACUUUGAAAAAAUGUGGAUUUGGAAAUACAGUAUGACCAGAAAUCCCUGGAAAAACAUAUCUUAAAUCUCAGUGGGAUAUCCUUGGGUGAAUUAAGGAUAAAUAAACAUUUUUAAAAAUGAAGGGCUACUUCCAUACUAAGUCCUUAUGAUGGUGCAUCCACUCUGCCUCCACUGGGAAUGGGUGGAAACUUCUUGAAAGCUCAAAGACAUAGAGUCAUAAAUCUGCAAUUACCCACAGGAAUAGCUUGAACUGUCGCAGGGAAAUCUGACAGUGUGACGAGGGUGCUCUGUGGCCUUUUCUGUCACAGUCUUACAGUAAAAGUGGCAGGGACUUGGAGUUUAUGUGUGUGUUUGAGGGAGUGAGUGAGUGCAAAGAGUGUGUGUAAAUAAUAUAACAUGGGUUUGUAUGUACAUACCGUGCCAAAUGAAAUGUUUCCUGUUGUGCAGUUUUGACUAGGUUCGGCUGUGUGUCUUGGCACAUUUACUAAGAAAAAUCACCCACAUCUCUUUCAGUCUUCCUGUACAGACGUGAACAUUUUCACAUGGAUGAACAGACUCACACCCCUUCAUGUCUAUGUAAUACUGCGCACAGAGCAAGAACAAUAAAUCUGCUUAUGUCAAAAUG